AUGCCACUUUGGUCAAUCUCUGACCCAGUUACCCCAUACUCAUCUCCUGCACUCACCAAAACCACCUCCAUGGCUUCUGAACUUCCCCCACAGUGGGACCUCAAACUAAUCGUUGAACUUUAUGCUAACUCCAGAACAUGCGAUCCGGCGCUUGAACAAACCAGACCCCAGCUCUACAUCGAGCUCAAUAUCGACCUCCUCACAUGGCGAACCCUCAUAAACAAAGCUCUAGCGGAGCUUUACGGCAUUGUUGGCGAAGCUAGACACUACGACAUUCUAGCCAAACAGCAGAAACCGCCGGCGCUCGACGCUGUGAUCAGAAUCGUGCCUGAAGACAAGGAUGUGUUUGUCACCAGUUUGGCGAGUUUCAACUUUGCCCUCAGCGACCACCUUGGGCUGGAAUACGAUGUGAAUGCUUCUAUUAAGGUCAAGAACUCGAGCCCGUACCUUGGCCAGCUUGUGACUGCCAUGCAGUUCUUUUUGUUGCUCUGGUUAGCAGCAGCAAGCCUAGUGGCUUCGUAUGAGCCGAAGGUCGCCAAAAACACCUUCAAGGGCUACACAAGGGACAUGCUUUAUUUUGACGAUUCGUCCCAUAUAGUGGCAGCCAGAGGCGACGGUAUCUGGGGUUCGUAUGACGACGGUGUCAAAUGGAAACAGCUCACGGAUUUGGAAAGCAAGAAAUUCCACGCUGACCCAAAUUUCAAAGAUAGGGCCCUUGCCUUUUCGGCAACCACGAAACAGUACUACACCAAUGAUAAAGGAAAGACGUGGAAACCGUUUGAGUUCAAGACAGAAGGACACGCAAUUGAAUUGUUGCAGGAACCAAUUGUGCAUUUCAACAUCGAUGACAAAAACUUGGUGUUGUUUGAGGUGGUCGACUGCCCAAGGCAGCAGCAUCACCACCAGUGCAAGAGGAUCUUCUUCUACUCCGCCGACGGACUCAAGCUGAUUAAGAAACUUCCCAUAGAAUCAGAUCUGUGUACUUUCGCUAAACAGAACAAGGACUUCGACUUCAAAGGUGACCUGAAAACCAUCAUAUGUGCCACCAACAGUCACAACUCUUUCGGCCAUGUGAUGAAAUCCAGCAUCGUCAAGAGUAAGGACUUUUUCAAGUCGUCCGAGCAAAUUAUGGAUGAUUCAGGAUUUCAAAAAGGUCGUAUUCUUGAUGUCCGUAUCGACUCGUCCUUCAUGGUCGUUACAGUGCUGCAAGACAUGUAUAGGCCCUCGGCCCAGGUUACGCUCUACGUGUCUAAGGAUGGUGAAACUUUCGAUAAGUCCAAUUUCAAUUUUGAAACCAAUAGAGGUGCUAUCAAGUUUUUGCCUUCGUCAAAGCUGGCCCUUUUUGUGCUGGUGAUGCUGAUGAACGAUAUACCAAUCCCACACAAUACCGUCUUCAGAUCAGAUUCCCAAGGUAUCAACUUCGAGCAGAUCGCGGAUAAAGUCAGUUUCACAAGUCCGGUGAAGAUAGAGAACUUUGACGGUAUGUACUUCGCAGACGAACUCAGAAGGGUCGACUCACCAGAUAAGGGCAUCUUCCCUGGUCCUCCAGGCAUGCCCCCUUACACUCUUUCGAGUAAACUUACUCUCAAUGAUGGUAAGGAUUGGGAGCCCUUGAGAGUUGUUGAUGAUGAGAGCUGUAAGAUCGAGAAGGGAUGUUCCUUAAACUUGGUCGAUUACACAACAUUUGAUGGUGAGGGUUUCAGUACUACUGGGCCAACGGCUAACAUAGUUCUUGGAAUUGGUAACGCAGGUGAGAUUUCCCCUGAUUUCCUGGAAGCAAAGACGUAUAUCUCAAGGGAUGGAGGUGUCACCUGGAAGAAAGCUCUUGACGUUGGCUGUUUGUUCUCUUUCGGCGAUCAGGGCAAUGUCAUUUUAGCUGUACCUCUUUUGAACAAGAAGGACCCUACUCAGCCCGGUACAAAGAGGUACUAUUACUCAACUGAUCAAGGUCUCACAUGGGAAGAGAAGAGUUUUGACACAACCAUCUGGCCGCAAUUCCUCAUCACGACCGUCGAUGGUCUGAGCAGAAAAUUCCUUGUUAAUGGACCAAACAACGGAAAUGAGGAUGAAGAAGUUUUCUAUCUGCUUGAUCUUUCUGAUGCUUAUGGCGGUACAAAAUGCAAAGAGAAGGACCUUGAGCAAGUGUACGCUCGUGUCGUCGAUGAUAGUCCUUUAUGUGUUUACGGUCACAAAGAGAGCAUCAUGAGAAGAAAGCCUGAAGCCAAAUGUUACGUCAGCAAGUUAUUCGAAGAUAUAAAGGUUAAGGAAGAGCCAUGCGAGUGCACCGAUGCUGACUUUGAAUGCUCGAAGUAUUUCCAGCUCUCAUCUAAAGGUGCAUGCGUUCCAAAUGAUGUGAAAAUCAAGGAAGCAUGUUCUGGUAAGAAGUCGAAGACUGUGAAGCUUCCCGAUAAGCAACUCAUGGCCGGAAAUCUUUGUAAACAACCUGGCAACCAGAAGUUUAUUUCAGAAGAAGAAUUUCAAUGCAAGGACUACGUGGAUGUGGACAAGCCACUGGAAAAGAAGUUGGAAAGUAUACCAAAUGACUUUGAAGGCCGUCUCGAACAAUACUCCUACGUCAAGACCAAAGACGAAACUCGUGAAAAUCUUCUUGUCAGAACGUCGAAUGAUGUUAUGUACGCCUCCAAUAACGGUGGUAAAACAUACACUAAAGUUCCCGUCUAUGAAAAAAUCAUUUCAUUCACAACUGGAAGCGUUCCGGGCACUGCAGUCUUGGUGACCAACAACGAUAUUUUCUAUUUAUCCCUUGAUGGUGGAAAUUCCUUCCGAAAGCUUGAGGCCCCAAGCAGACUCGUCCCCACUCGUGGGAUCCGUCCAUCUUUCCAUCCUGAAGACUCCUCGCAGUUCAUAUGGUAUGGCACCGAUGGGUGUGAUCCACAAGGCAACCCCAGCUGUGAAAUAACGGCCUAUUAUACCAAGGAUACGGGUGACACUUUCCAAAAACUCAAGAGUGGAGUGAAGUUCUGCGAUUUUGUCUCAUUGAAUAAUGCUACGGAUAAAAAUUUGAUCUACUGCCUCACGUCAGGAGAGAAAUCCCAACUCCUUAGCUCAACCUCAUUUUUCCAGGACUCAAAAGUUUUGUUCGAUAAUGUUGCUUCUUAUGCCGUCAAGAUGAACUACUUGAUCGUUGCUACAAUCCUCGACGAUAUGAAGGAAAUGCGUGCCAAAGUCACUAUGGACGGCUCUACUUUCGCUGACUCCUUGUUCCCCAAAGAUUUCAAGGUUGAAGCCCAAACUGCCUACAAUAUCCUAGAUUCUGCUGACGAGUCAAUCUUUAUGCACGUUACCACAGAUGAUAGGAAAGACAGGGAAGUGGGUUCUAUCCUCAAAUCCAAUUCUAAUGGAACAUCGUACAUUCUUUCCUUAGAAAACGUUAACAGAGGCAAAUUUGGCUUUGUUGACUAUGAUAGACUUCAAGCCUUAGAGGGUAUUAUCAUUGCCAACACUGUCAGCAACCCAGGGAAAGAUGAGAAGAAGAAACUAAAGACUAACAUCUCCUUUAACGACGGUAGUCAGUGGUACUACUUGGCCCCACCUAAUGUCGAUAGUGCGGGACAGAAGUACAAAUGUUCGGGGCUGAAAAUUGAUAAAUGUUCGUUACACUUGCAGAGCUUUACUGAAAGACCCGAUUUUACUGACACCUAUGGCUCCUCUUCAGCUGUGGGAGUUCUCUUUGGCGUCGGUAAUGUGGGAGAGUAUUUGGGAGAAAAUGAUCUCGCUACUUUCAUGUCGUAUGAUGCGGGCCUUACUUGGAAGGAAGUUGUGAAGGGCCAGCAUAUGUGGGAAUUUGGAGACCAGGGUACGGUUUUGCUUCUUGUUGAUCAGUUGAAGGAAACAAACACGCUUACCUAUUCCACUGAUAGCGGAGAAACGUGGCAAGAAUUCAAGUUCACCGAUAAGAAAGUCGUUGUGCUCGACUUGGCGACUGUUCAAAGUGACACAUCGCUUAAAUUUGUCAUCUUUGCAACUGAAAAGAGUGAUCUCCAUACGACCUACUCUUUCUCGAUCGACUUCACCAAGUAUUUCAACAGACAAUGUGAACUCGAUUUGGAUAAUCCAGAUAAAGGUGAUUUCGAGUUUUGGGGUCCAAAACGUCCAUCAUCAAAGGACAACUGCUUCUUCGGACGUGAAGUGAAGUACUUGCGUCGUAAAAAGACCACUACCGAUUGCUUCAUUGGUGCGGCACCUUUGAAGGAUGGUGUGAAACUGCUCAGAAAUUGUAAGUGCACAAGGGCCGAUUACGAGUGUGAUUUCAAUUAUUACAGAGACAGUGACGGUACAUGCAAGUUGGUUGACGGCUUGUCUCCUGCUGACAGGAUGAAAGAGAUGUGUGAGAAAGAAGGCGGUUUCCAGUACUUUGAGCCCACAGGAUACAGAAAGAUUCCGCUUUCUCUGUGCGUUGGCGGAAAAGGAUUUGAUUCGCUUGACACUCGCCCAUGUCCUGGUCACGAGGAUGAAUACAACGAGUAUUAUGGCAUCGGUCUCGGUGGUGGAAGAAUUUUUGGAAUUAUCUUCGCUCCCAUCUUCAUCUUUAUCGCUGCGUUCCUCUUUGCCUCAUGGUUUGUUUAUGAAAAAGGAAUUCGCCGUAACGGUGGUUUCGAGAGGCUCGGACAAAUCAGACUAGAUGACGACGAUGAUUUCCAACCCAUCGAAGACAACGCUGUUGAUGUCGUUGUCAACAAAAUUGUCAAAGGAGGAAUAGUAGCUGUCGCCGGUACGGUGGCUGCACUCAAAACCAUCAGAAAGAUCGAUAAAGCGAUGUUCGAGAGAAUCUCGCUGGCACUCUUUGGUCGCCGCCCAGGUCGCCGAAGCUAUGUUCGUGUUCCUGAUGAUGAGGAUGAAUUGUUCGGUAACUUUGAUAACAGCUACGAAGAUGAGUUGGAAAAUGCAGAUGAUGUGAACUUUGACGUCCAGGAUGACCCUGAGGAGUUCACUGAUUACGCUGAUGAGCCUCCAGCUGAUGAAGAUGUCGAAGCGGAUGAAAGGCUUUUUGACAUCGACGACCAAUCUGACGAAGACCGGUCCUCGCGCAGAGCGGAAGAUUAA